CUUUAGAGGCCAUGCUACGUCGUUUAUUUUAGGCAUAUAUUUUCUUUGUCUCUUUUCUUGUUCUUUCUUUCAUUCUAUCUCUCCCUCUACGAGGUCUUCUAUGUGUCCAACCAAAUUAAGAAUCAAACCGUUUUGGGGUUUGAACAAUAAAAACGAGUAUUGCAGUGUUGGCUGAUAAACAAGAGUAUCACAGACGGGGGGUUAUGAACCUGUGUCAUUGACUUUCUCCUCCCCUUUCUCCUGCCCUUCGUCCUCCUCCUCCUCCUCCUCCUCAGAUGACAGUGCGUCGGCGGCCAGCAGCAUGGAGGUGACGGACCGCGUGGCGUCCCUGGAACAGCGCGUCCAGAUGCAGGAGGACGAGAUCCAGCUGCUGAAGUCGGCCCUGGCCGACGUGGUCCGCCGGCUCAACCUCUCGGAGGAGCAGCAGUCCCUGGGUCCCCGGCGGGGCCCCACCAAAGCCAGACCCAUGAUCGCCACGCUGCCGCUGAGGCCCACCGUCAACAACGGGACCGUCCUACCAAAGAAGGGCAGCGGGACCUUACCCUCCCCGUCCGGGAUGGGAUCCAGGAAGGACGCUCCUCUCUCAGCCAAUAGGAGCACUGUGAGGAGGGCCAACUCCAACGAGCACAUGGGCACGCUCACCAGGAGGGACUCGGGCGAGACCAAGGGCAACCGGACCCGCGCCGGAUCCACCGGCAGCAACUCCAGCGGCAAGAGGAGUGACAGCAGCCGGCAGAGGGAGCCCAUAUUCAAUGCAGGGACUCGACGGGUGACCCACUGCAAAGUCACGGUGCAGCUGUACCUCAGCUCCUCUGCCAAGCGCACCGGAUCCGACCGCCGCUCCGCCGGUCUGAAGGCGCUAGCGCCCCCCCCGGCCGUCAGCCCCCCUGGCCCCUCCCUGCAGGCCGGGGGCCCGAGCAGGACCGCGGGGGUCCGGAAGACCCCCAGUAUUAGCCUGCAGUUGAGGAAGUCAAGGAGCCUGAGUCAGUCGGCCUUCAGGCCCCUCGAUACGCCAAGCUACCGUGGCCCCGUUCGCUCCCCCAGUCACUACUUCCAGAUAUGCUACUGAGCCCCAGGUAUGCUACCUAGCCCCAGGUAUGCUACUGAGCCCCAGGUAUGCUACCUAGCCCCAGGUAUGCUACUGAGCCCCAGGUAUGCUACUGAGCCCCAGGUAUGCUACUGAGCCCCAGGUAUGCUACCUAGCCCCAGGUAUGCUACUGAGCCCCAGGUAUGCUACCUAGCCCCAGGUAUGCUACCUAGCCCCAGGUAUGCUACUGAGCCCCAGGUAUGCUACUGAGGUCCAGCUAUACCAUUUAGCCCCAGGUAUGCUAUCCCCAGGUAUGCUACCUAGCCCCAGGUGUGCUACUGAGCCCCAGCUAUGCUACUGAGGUCAAGCUAUGCUACUGAGCCCCAGGUAUGCUACCCAGCCCCAGGUAUGCUACUGAGCACAAGCUAUGCUGCUGAGGUCCAGUAAUGCUCCCUAGCCCCAGGUAUGCUACCGAGGUCCAGGUAUUCUACCUAGCCCCAGGUAUGCUAUAGCCCCAGGUAUGCUACCUAGCCCUAGGUAUGCUACCAAGCCCCAGGUAUGCUACCGAGCCCCAGGUAUGCUACCGAGGACCAAGUAUGCUACUGAGGUCCAGCUAUGCAACUGAGCUCCAGGUAUGCUACUGAGCCCGUUAUUUUACUGAGAUCCAGUCAUGCUUCUGAACUCAACUCAGCUUUGACAUAUGCUAGCUAGCCUGACAGGGAUGCUAUUUUUAUCGCAGUCCACUGUUUGAAGCCAACAUACCUCAUAGCGUUUCCUUGUUCCUUCCCGCUUGUUCCUUCAGGGUUUUUUUACAGUUUCGUAUUUUCAGACACAACAUAUAUACGAUUUAUUUGUUUUUACUGUCGCUUGUCAUUAGAGUGGCAUGUCAUGAUUCAUAACACUAACUUUAGUGAAAAGAGAAAACAAUUUCUGCUUUAGAUAUUUUCGGAAUUGCUACUUUUUGUCGUUAAUAACGUAUUGUUUGGUUUCAUUUAUGUUUUCUGCAUGUUAUUUGUCUAUUGAAAUAUUAAAAAAGCAUGUAUAUGUUUGACUGGUUCUGUGCCUCAUUAUGCUUGACUUCCAUAAAGAUGCUUCUGCUUGUGUGUGUUGUUGGUUCACAUCUCCUCAGACCUGAAGGUCAAAGGGUGACACUUUACACCAAUCUCUGUCACUUCAUUCAUGCCUUCUGCUGUCAUGUGUUUCAAAUGACUAAUAAAGUCACUUAAAAGGG